CGCGCGUCGAUUGGUCGGUUUGAAUCGGGCGGUUGAAAUCCCCGCGCGCUGAUUGGCCAAAGCCGCCGUUAAAAAGUGAAAGUAAAAAUUUGCGGAGCCUUCAGUUGCCGUUGGGACGUUGACGAAGAGAGUUGAUCAAGAUGGAAAACUACACAAAGACUGAGAAGCUGGGAGAAGGCACUUAUGGGGUGGUGUACAAGGCAGUCCACAAGUCCACCGGCGCUGUUGUGGCCCUGAAGAAGAUCCGCGUUGAGAGCGAAGAGGAGGGAGUGCCUAGCACGGCCAUCCGAGAGAUCUCCCUCCUGAAGGAGCUGUCUCACCCCAACAUCGUUCAGCUGCAAGAUGUGCUGAUGCAGGACACAAAACUGUUCCUCGUCUUUGAGUUCCUCUCCAUGGACCUCAAGAAAUAUUUAGACUCCUUACCUAGCGGGACCACUCUGCAGCCAAACCUUGUGCAGAGCUACGUGUACCAGGUGAUGUUGGGCAUUGUGUUCUGCCACUCACGGAGGAUCAUCCAC